ACAGAUGAAGGAAAUGAAAGUAACUCUGAACCUAAUUUAAUAUUUGCAGAUCUGAAGGUUACAGUAUCAGACUCGGGUAGUGGACAAAUCAAGCUGAACUGUAACACCACCUGCACUCUGUCUAACAACCCCACUUACAUCUGGUACAAGAACGGACAGCGUGUGUCUGAGUGUAAAUCUGCCUCCUGCUCUGUAGCUGCAGUCGGUGGUGUGGUCAGUUACAGCUGUGCUGUUGAAGGUCAUGACAGUCUCCUCUCUCCUCCAGUGUAUUCCCCUAAAAACCCCAGAGCAGUGGUUCUUCCCUCUGGAGACACAGUGGAGGGAGAUUCAGUGACUCUGAGCUGUAGCAGUGAUGCAAACCCUCCUGUUCUCACCUACUCCUGGUUUAAGCAGAGUGCAGCUGCAGACACACUGCUGACAACAGGCCAGAAUUACAGCAUCAGCAACAUCAGCUCCCAGCACAGUGGACUGUACUAUGUAUUUGUGCUGAAUAUUAUCUGA